AUGAGCUGGAGGGUAUACUCUAGAGAUAUACUUACUGGUGGACAGCAUGUGACACAGGUAAUUAAGCUAUUAACUGGUAAGAAAUUAUCUGUUUCAUAUUUUUUUGAUGAUAUAAUAGAUUAUGUGAAAAUAAAUACUGAAAGAGAUAUUAAGAAUGAUUUUGAUGAUAACUAUUUUAAUGAAAUAUACGUAAUUUUAGAAGAUAAAAUAAGAUUAAAUAGCUUUACUGAACCACUUGUUGAAUAUACAUAG